AUGCAGCUGUUGCUGCUCCUGCUGCUGCUGCUGCUGCUGCAGCUGAGCGCAUGCAGCGGGAAGCAUCUAUGCGGACGCACUUUGGGAUUCGCUGGUGUUCCUCUCAUUGGUAGCAGCAGCAGCAGCCGUUGCCGCAGCAACACCAGCAACAGCAGCUGCUACUGUAGGAACUGUGAUAGGAGCAGCAACAGGUAUUUGCCGAAGCCUGUGGGCAGCCAGUCCCACCCCACCUCCCCCACAGCAGUAGCAGCAGCAGCAUCCGCAGAUGCUGCUCCUGCUGCUGCUGUAGCAGCAGCAGCAGAGAGAGAGAAGCCGCUUCUGCGUGUGGGGAGCCGUUGGUCUCCCCUAGCACUAGCGCAGGCGAAAGAAGUUCUGCGGCUUGUCGUCUUUGCUGCAGCAGAUCGUUUUCCUGCUGCUGUUGCUGCCUUUCUAGAGGAGGACGAGCAACAGCAGCAGCUGCAGCAGCAACAGCAGGAGGAGCUUCUGCUGCGGCGGGAAAAGCUAGGGGAGCAGUGUAGCGAGCUACUUAAAGGAACAGCAGCAGGAGAGCUGCCUGCGGCUGCUGCUGCUGCGCUGCAGCAGCGGCUGCGGUAUGGGGAGGUUGAGCUUGUGCCGCACCAAACAGCAGCAGACAAACAGCUGCAGCAGCAGCUGCUGCAGCUGGGAGGAAAGGGUUUGUUUAGUAAGGAAUUAGAUGAUGCACUGCAGCAGCAGCAAAUACACUUUGCUGUUCAUUCCCUUAAAGAUGUUAACGUGCUGCUGCCUAGCAGCAUGACUCUUGCUGCGCUGCUGCCGCGGGAGGAUCCAAGAGAUGUGCUUCUCUUUGCAGCAAAACAGCAGCAAACUAUUCAACCUCUCUUAGAAACUAUUACAGCAGCAGCAGGAGCCGCAAAUGCUGCUGCUGCUGCUGCUGCUGCGGCAGCGAAUGCUGACGCAGGGGGAAACAGCAUCACAGUCACCGAAACCAACUUCAGUAGCAGCAGCAACAACAACAGCAGCGGCAACAACAGCAGCAGUUGCAGCAGCAGCAGCAGAGAUGAAAUAUUGAUUGGCACUUCUUCUCUCCGUAGACAAGCCUUGAUGCUGUACCUCGCUGGCAGCAGCCAUGCAACAGCAGCAGCAGCAGCAGGUCCAGCAAAAGAAGCAGCAGCAGCAGCAGCAAGAGUACGUUGCGUGCUGCUGCGAGGCAACGUACAGACGCGGCUUCGGAAGCUGCGGGAGGGGGUAGCGCAUGCAACACUUCUUGCUGCAGCAGGUCUGCGGCGGCUGUCUCUGCUGCAGCAGCACCCUACGUCAGCAGCUGCAGCAGGACUGGAGAUACUCCGCCUUGCUGCUCCUUAUGGAGACACGGUUGCUGUCCCUCUUCCUGAGGUCUGCUGCACCCCAGCUGCAGCACAAGGAAUUAUUGCUGCUCAGUGCCUCUCGCAAGACACGAGCACGCUGCAGCUGCUCCUGCCAAUCAACGACUCUGCAGCAGCAACAGCAGCAGCAGCAGAACGCGCCUUCCUGCAGAAGCUCGAUGGCAGCUGCAAGACUCCCCUUGGUGCCAUUGCUAUGCUGCGUAACCACCAGCAGCAGCAGCAGCAGCAGCAGAACCUAGAAUUCAAGGGUUUUGUGGGGACACCUGACGGGUGCCGUAUGUUUCACGUUGCUGCUGCUGCAGCUGUACGUACACCGCAAGAAGCAGCAGAAGUAGGAGCAGCAGCAGCGAAUAAAAUUAAAGCAGCAGCAGGCAGCAAAUUCCUAUCCGAUAUUAUCAGCCAAGUGCAACAGGGUUGGGGCUCCCUCAAACCCUAG